AUGGAACGAAUCUUCGCUCUGUCGCCGACGCCGACUGUCGUCCUCGACAAGGAUUUACAAAUACUCACGCUGUCGAAUGCCUGGCAAGACCAGGGUCCAAUCUCACUGGACAUAGUUCGUGGCAAAUUCUUUCUGGAGACGAUCGACAUUUUGCACCUGCCCUUGGAUGCCGUCACCACCACCCAACUGAUUCAGGGUGCAAUCACGAGCCGCAAAGAGCAGCGCUCUGAACCCGUCCCAGGGUUCAAGGACAACAGCCAUUGGCGGAUUCGAGUAGUCCCCAUUUUUGACAAGGACGAACUCCUCUACGUGGUUAUUGAGGCUCUUGACGCUACGGAAGAGGUCGAGAAGGCCCGAGAACAACUCGCUCAAUUGACAUCGGCAGAGACCUAUCGCAUUCUGGUCAGCACCCUUCGCGAUUACGCCAUCUUCAUGCUCGACGAGAAAGGCUACAUAGCCACCUGGAACACCGGCGCCAUGCUGCUCAAACAGUAUACCCAGGAAGAAAUAGUGGGCAAACACUUCUCGACCUUCUACAGCGAAGAGGAUCGAAAGGCACGAAAACCUGAAAAAGAGCUUCAAGUGGCUCUGCGAGAGGGCAAAGUGGAAGACGAAGGUUGGCGGGUCAAGAAGGAUGGGUCCAGGUUUUGGGCAAAUGUCAUCAUCGCCCCCGUCUACCGCGACGGAGUCUUGACUGGUUAUAGUAAAAUCACCAGAGAUUUGACGGAACGAAGGGCGGGAGAGGCACGACUGAUUGCUGCAUACGAAGAGGCGUCCAAGAUGAAGUCCGACUUCUUGGCCAACAUGAGCCAUGAAAUUCGAACGCCGAUGCACGGGAUGCUCUCGGCCUUGUCGUUACUGAUCGACACGGGACUCACGGACGAACAGAAAGAGCUCGCCAACAUCAUCGAUGAAUCGGGAGCCAUCCUGUUGCAGGUCAUCAAUGACAUCCUCGACUAUUCUAAGCUCAGCUCCGGGACCUUUUCCCUCAACAAGGAGGUCAUGAACAUUGCGGAAAUCGUUGCGGCCGUCCGACGGUGUUUCAACAUCGGCUCAUCCGAUAACCUGAGAUUUGAAAUCGAUCUGGAUCCUCGUCUCCCAACCUUCGCCCAGGGAGAUCCUCUCCGCUAUCGCCAGAUUUUACAAAACCUAGUGUCUAACGCGAUCAAAUUCACUGACAGAGGCUUUGUACGCGUCAAAGUUGCUCUCACCCACGAGGACGACGCCUCGUAUGACAUAAAAACAGAAGUGAUCGAUUCCGGGAUCGGUGUCACCCCCGAGGCUGAGAAUGUCUUGUUCACCCCUUUCACCCAGCUCGACACCUCUUCGACCAAAAGAUACAAAGGCACGGGACUAGGUCUUUCCAUCUGCAAGAGCUUGGCCGAACUCAUGGGCGGUAUGGUAGGUUAUCUGCGGAAUCCUGAGAACCAGGGAAGCACCUUCUAUUUCACAUCCAAGGUCAACAAAAUCGAAGUCUCACCGGCCAAACCAUCCCCCAAGUUGUCGCUGGAAGCGGAUCUCAAAAGACUGGCGCGGACGAAGCACAUACUUCUCGUCGAAGAUAACGCCAUCAAUCAAACUAUCAUGGUUCGCCUUUUGCGAAGCUUUGGCCUGGAGAAGGUGGAUGUGGCCGCCGACGGCGCCGAAGGGGUGAGGAUGGUCACCCAGAAGCCUCUGGCGUACAGCCUGAUCUUGAUGGACAUUUCCAUGCCGGUGAUGGACGGUGUGACCGCCACACGGAAGAUUCGAGAAGCUGGCCAUGUGGUUCCUAUAAUUGCCAUGACUGCGAAUGCGUUGAAAGGAGACGAAGAGGGGUAUCUCGCAGAAGGCAUGAACGACUAUAUUGCCAAGCCUGUGGACAGAAGACUUCUCAUGGAGUCGCUGAUCCUGAAGAUCCUGAAGAUGGUCUCAGGAAAAAAUAGGGCCUUCGUGAUUGCCACGAGUCGCAGCAUGCACUUCGUUGGCAAGCACAAAGUCGCACUAGCUCGCGUGGAAUUGACAGGCUUGCACCUAAAACUCGCGGUGCACAAUGCCUCGAUUAUCUCUAUCGCGACGCCCAGCAGGGGCUUCGACCGAUAA